UGUAUGUUGGCGGUAAGCGCUAACAUGCACUCUAUAACAAAACCAAGUUUUCUCUUGGAUAUAAAGGAUGUCUUUAAAAUUUAGCUAAGUAUUGUAAGUGAUAGUUUUGAAAAACGCUUUUAUAAGUAACAUGCGUUUAGUUUGUCGAGGAAUCUACCAGAUCAACAUUAAGCUGUUGUAACGUUGUUAUUACCUACAACAACGGGAUGCUAUCGCAUAACCAAAGUGUGGAGGACCUCGAUAGAGACAAUUAAGAAUUUUCAUUUUGCCUCAAAUGUCACAGAAGGACGACUCUGAAAAUGACAUCUGGGAGUAUAAACCUCUUGAGAAGAAGAGAAGGAAGCCGGCAUCGGCUUCAGCUGUGGCUAAAAGGAGAUGCACCUCCAGGAGCAGGUCUUCGAGGGUCAAGCCACCAGAGGGGACGCUUAAAGGAGCUGAGAGUGCAGAUGCUUCCUCACACGCUCCCAGCAGCAUAGAGGCUAAUCACACGGCUGCUCCACGUUCGGGAGACUUUUGCCCUGUGUGUCAGAUGCCCUUUUCUGUUUUAGUGGUACAGUCACAGAGAUGGCAUGUGUCUGAGUGUCUGGACUCCCCCAGAGAUGAAUGCCAAGAAUGUCCAGAUGGUCUGCGGUGCUCCUCAACCAACCCAAGCCAUUACAAGAGUUUUAACCACACACUCCUGGCCCACCGUCGAGCGAACAGCGACGCAGCCUCGGUCGGUGCGUGUGACCAGGCAGAGACCAGCCUCAGCCAGCUCGCCCGCCCGAUGGACAAUGAGGUGGAUGGAUCUAUUUUAGAGAAUUCUCAGGACAGUGCUCUCAGUGUUACGGCCCUGUCUGAUUGUAGCGCCUCUCCACAGAAUCAUCAUAAGGGGUCCCCUGCCUCUAAACCUACAAAUGGCCUGUUAUUCUUGCGCUCCCCCGGCCCAGAGGACUUUAAGAAAAGGAAAGGCUGGUCGUCAUCUAGUAGAGGCCAAAGAUCUGUCAGUUCUUCCCAGGAAAGUAAACCAGAGCCUUCUUCAACACUUGUCAAAGCAGAGAGUGGAGAAAACCUCUCUGAUGGCUUUUCCAAAAGUAAACCUUCCUCUAAUUAUGAUGAUGAAAUAUCCUACUCUCCUCUGUCUGCGUUCCCUGUUGAGAAAGAAGUCAAAAAUGGUGAAUGUAGGAAAGCCCUUUUUAAUGAUGAUGAAAAUGAAGACUCUAUGGUGUUGUUUAGUGAUGCUUUUUCAAGUGAAGAUGAACUGUUUACUGGUUUUAUAGAUAAUUUAGAAAGCCAUAGUGUGCCACCAAAGGACCAGUGUUCCUCAAACACCCAGGUGGAGUCAUUUACCUCAUUACCACUCACUCGUCAGCUACCUGCUGAUUCCACAAAUAACAAAGAAGCUUUUGAUAGGUCCACCAGUGCGACUAGCAUUCAAUCUCCCCAGAGUGUUGUUUUAGAGCGUCUGAGAGAAAAUAUCGUAAAUAAGAACUUGAAUGACAGUAUUCAGCCAGAGCCAGGAAACUCAAACUCUCAUCAGGUGUCUUCAUCUGAAGUGAUGCCGUCCCAGAAAAGCCAAAACAAGCCAGCAGGUCCGAGCUCUUGUCUUAAGCAGAUGGACAUUGGGGUGUUUUUUGGUCUCAAACCCCUUAAGGAGAAGGAUAAAGAGACUUCAACCCCGGAUCCUUCACUUGAUGAGCACACGGGUCACAGACCUAAAGUGAGAGACAGGCAGAAGAAAAGUAAGGCUGAUGCUACUGCAGACACCUCAGGGGGGACAGCGACUGUAAACACGAGCAACAUGGUGACCUCUCAUGGAGAAUCAAGGCGAGGUGGGACCAGAGGGUGGAGAAGGUGGAGGAACAGAGGGAACGCAGAUGAAGGAGCAGAGUUACCACGUUGUCCGUUCUACAAAAAGAUCCCAGGCACAAAAUUUGUCAUUGACGCCUUUGGGUACGGUUUGAUCGAGGGCGUCGCUUGCUACUUCCUCACACAUUUCCACUCAGACCACUACGGUGGGUUGACCAAGAACUCCACAUUUCCAAUCUACUGUAACAGGAUCACAGGGAACCUGGUGAAGAGCAAGCUCAAGGUACCAGACCAGUAUGUCCACAUCCUCCCCAUGAACACCCAGGUCACGGUGGAGGGAGUCAGAGUCAUCCUCCUGGAUGCCAACCAUUGUCCAGGGGCUGCCAUGCUGCUGUUCUUCCUUCCUGAUGGCCAAACUGUCCUCCACACUGGAGACUUCAGAGCUGAUCCCUCUAUGGAAACAUACCCCGAGUUACUCAGCUGCAGGGUGCAGACUCUCUACUUGGACACCACCUACUGCAGCCCUGAAUAUACCUUCCCCAGACAACAAGAGGUCAUCAACUUUGCAGCUAACACAGCCUUCGAACUGGUAACACUCAACCCCCGUACUCUAGUGGUGUGUGGAUCCUACUCUGUGGGGAAAGAGAAGGUGUUUUUGGCACUGGCAGACGUCCUGGGGUCUAAAGUGUGCCUCUCCAGAGACAAAUACAACACCAUGUGCUGUCUGGAGUCGGACCAAGUCAGACAACACAUCACCACCGACUGGAAGGCAGCCCAGGUCCAUGUGCUGCCCAUGAUGCAGCUCACCUUCAAAAAGCUGCAGGAUCACCUCGCUCGCUUUUCAGCACAGUACGAUCAGCUGGUGGCCUUCAAGCCCACAGGCUGGACCUUCAGCCAGCAGGUGGAAUCGGUGGAGGACAUACAGCCUGAGAUCAGGGGGGUCGUCUCAAUCUACGGAAUCCCAUACAGUGAACACAGCAGCUUCCUGGAGUUGAAGCGUUUCGUCCAGUGGCUCCAGCCUCUCAAGAUCAUCCCCACAGUCAACAAUGGCAGCUGGGCCAGCAGGAAGGCUAUGGAGAAGUGCUUCAGCGAGUGGCUCAAGGAAACUAAAACUAAACUGUAGCUUGUUUUUAGGUAAAUAGUUUUUGCCUGGUGGGCAUUUCACUUAUGGACAAAAAGUAAUUUAUUUUGAGGAAGUCUAAAACUGUAUUAAAUAUUUUAACACAUUUUAUUGGAGAUUUAUGCCUCGGACGAAGUUGAAACAAAGACCAGACAUUACAGAGUAUGACUAUAACCUGCAUUCCUGAUUGAUGAUGUUCUUUUCAACAAGUACAUGCUCUUGAACUAGUUUAACAAAGGUGAGUAGUUUGAAUCAGUCGCCUGCGUCUGACGGCUGUUUCCUGAAGCUGCUGCUUUGACAUGGUGCUAUUUCGGUUUCCUCGUGUCAGUAUUUGUGUAUAAUUAAAAUGUUUUGUGCUGGAAUAAUAAAAAGAAAUUACUGAUUUUA